AUGGGCGACCGGGAGCGAAGUCGAUCGCCUCGCCGGCGGGACUUUGGCGACCGAGACAGGCCCAAAAAAACUGGUGGAUUUCGGUGGAAGGAAAAACGCCGUGAUGAUGAUUCUCGCGGAGAUGAUCGUCGACUAGAUCGAGGCUACAGGGACCGAAGUGACCGUCCUCGCUCGCCGCGCAGAGACCGCGAUGCUGAGCGUACGGGGGACCGACACAGAGACAGUCCCCGUGAGUACGACUCGAAACGUCGCGAUGCCCGCGAUGCGCCCCGAGAAGACCGCGAGAAGAAAGCGGAAAAGAGAAAGAGAGGAGAAAAAGCCAGUGAUACCACAGUCAUCAGAGCCUAUGAUUGUGAACUCUUCAAGGCCCAAGUUGCCGCUCGAAUUGGUCGAGAGCCUCAUGAGAUCCUUCUCAAGCGCCAGGGAGAACGACCAUUUAAGGAUCAGUUGACAUUAGAAGACUACGGUGUGAGCAACGGAGUUCAACUUGACCUGGAGGUUGGAACAGGCGAUUAA